CCGUUGAGCAUGUUUGAUAUGCUCUGGAUUGACAUGUAUGACAGCAUUUUCCAGUUCCCGCCAAUAUCCAGCAAUGUCGCACAGCCAUCAAAGUUGAGGGGAACAUGAUGAUGAUCGUUUCUCAGUGAGGUUGGAAGGGUCUGUCUGGCCGGUUGAGGUGCGGAGGGGGACGCCACAUACCUCGCCAGGAGUCUGACAGCCUGACAAACACCCCAUCCCCUUCCUCCUCCCUUCCUCCGCGAGCCACCAUGGUGACACUCAUCACAGAGCAACUCCGCAAACAGAAUCUGGAGGAGCCCCCUUACCACAGGGCCUUCUCUCUCAACGUGUCAUUGCCUGAAGUGGGUUCCAGCCCCACUGUGUGUUGGAGUGGGUGUGGGUUGACUCCAGAGAGUAGUUGGUCUAUGUUCCCAUCCUCUAAGACCCACCUGCAGGAUGCCUCUGUCCUGUCCUCCCUGGACCCACUGGGAACACCUUUCCCUCUCCCCAGCACCUCUGUGACAGACCUGUCCCUGCAGAGCUCUCCGCCGCCGCCUCCCAAACGACACUGUCGCUCCCUCUCUGUCCCUGAGGACCUGUCCCACUGCCGCAGCCCCUGGCGCCCCAGCGCCUCCAAGAUCUGGACCCCAGUCAAGCGCCGCUGCUAUAGUGGAGGGGGUGUGGCCUGCAUGGGUGUUGGCUCCUUGGUGGGUUCCGUACCCCUCCGAGGCCCCAGCUCCUCCCUCACCUCCUCCCUACACUCCUCCUCCAGCCCCACCUUCUUCAGCCUGGCCAUGUCCCCUGACUCCCCUCUCCCCUGGGGCUGUCCCUGGGACCAUAACGACCUGCCCAGGGGGGGCUGCACUGGCUUCUUCCCCGCCCCCUCCUUCUGCUCCUCCUCCCCCGCCUCGCUGGGUUCCUGUCGGCCCUUGCUGCAACGCCGCUUCUCCCUGUCCCCUGUGCACAUCCUGCCUCCCCGGCCCUCCCCCUCUCCUGCUCCCGAUCUAGUCCCACGCUACCCUUCGAUGGAGCCCCCGGCCCCAUCUCCCUCAGCCUGCAGUUCCCCGUCAUCCUCGAGGCGUGACCUACCCCCCUGUCUCCCACGCUGCCACUCUCAGCCCUGUGACCUGCGUAAGCCCGGCCUGAAGAGACGCCAUGACGCGGACACCCUGCCCUACUACUUCAGGCCUGGCCUGGACUUCAGCAAGAUGACUCCGAUUCGCAGUGGGGAGCCCCUGGUGUGUGGAGCGGCUGUCUACAUGGGGCUAGAGCCUGUUCCAGGGGACUUCAGAGGAGCCUUCUCCCCUGCAGACCUGGGAAGAACCAGCAUUGGACCGUUGAGUGAAAGUGAGGAAGAGGAGAACAUAAAUAUGGGUGCGCAAGAGGCCGGGCAGCAGAGUGUGUUUGAGAGAGACUGCACAGAACUGGACUUGAACCUUAUUGAGGAGAAUUGAAAGUUUAUUGGUGCUCCGUGUGUGAUUGACAGCAUUCAUCGUCAUAUUCACAUUACACCCUGGCCGAGCCCACGGGAACCUGCUGCCUUCGAAGGGGCCACAUUAGGGGCCCUUCAUAUCACUGGCUGACUAAAGGUUAUGGAUCAAUUUUACCAUUAGUGUAAUGCUAGAGCAACUUUGACAAGCUCACAAUAUUCAGCAUUUCAGGACAAUGAUGUUCUGCCUGUCCAUACUCUGUGGGUAAAUGUGUAUACCCAGAAACACAAUGGAGAUGGAUAAGACGUGGUGAUUUCUGAAGGUCAUACUGUAAUAGCCGCUUUCUAAUAAUACGGGUAGUAACGCUCUACCACUACUACAAUUAUAAAAAUUAUGCAGUUUGCUUGCGAUGGACACUCCUGUCGGCAGGAUACAUUACCGAACGUAUGGCCAGUUGAGUUGCCGAAGGCCCCCUGAAAAGCCUUCACACAUCGGCUUUCAUGGGUGUAGGCCGAACGCUCUGACGUGUUUGAUUUGGCCGGGUGGAAAACCCACACACCUGUAAAGGGAAUCAAGGAGGGACCCAUGUGCUUUCCUCAUAGCUGGCAAAUGUAUAUUUUGCUGCUUCUGUUUCCCUUACUACUUAGAUAAUGCAUUCAUUUGUUCUCCACAAUUGGCUGAAUUAAAUAUUGUACAUUAAUCAUGUACAAAGCAGGUGUUUCUGCUUUCAUGGUUUUUGUUCAUAACAUCAAGAUGUUUUCUUGGUCUCCCAUAGAAAUGGAACCUAUAUAGUCUGUCCAUUCUGAUUCAGUUCCCCACUAAUGAACAGAUCACACUUGCACUGUAAUAGGAUUUGAAUAAUUGACUCGACGCUGCAGUUGGAUCCUUUAGGGCACAAUGUAAUGUAAUGUACUGUACAGUGGUCACCUGUGGAAACCAUUUUGUGUGAGUGGAUGACUGUUUAGACAGGCAGCUCAGUUUCUUUUUCUUUUUUUUCAAAUAGUUUUUUUGACCAAUCAGAUGUUUUCACGGCAAUCUUUUGCAGAGCUGAUUUGAUUGGUCAAAAUACCAAUUAGUGAAAAAAAUAUCAGAAUUUGGCUGCCUGUCCAAACGCAGCAUUAGCGUGUGAGAAGGAACCAGUAGAGAUGCAGAGGAUUGGUGGCCUUUCGAAAGAUUAUUUUUAUUGUAUGUUUUCAGAUGGAAAUGUCUAUUUACACUUUGUGUACAAAUAAAGUUUAUUAGAGAUUAAUUUUGCAAAAAAAUCA